AUGGACUGUGGUUGAUUUGCGCCUUCACAGCAAGGCACGCCGUUUGGUGUGACGGGUAUACAUUCAUCACGGAAUUCUGGGAAACAUUUUGUGAAUUUAACAGGUUGCUAAUUUAGCAUUUGAGCUAACAAGACAGUUUGCCUGAACACUACAAGAGUCAGAAGAAACGGAGGAGAACAGGUCUCAGUACUACAAUGAACAUUCAGUCUGCCAUCAACAAAGAGGUCUUUAUCCCUCGGGAUGAGCGGAUGUUGGUUGCAGUGGAGGUGCGGAGGAGGAAAAGGAAGAGGAUGUCCUUCCUGCCUGCUGGAGCCAAAGGAGACUACACCACAUUCAUCUGUGUUUCAGUGACCAACACAAGGCCACAUCAGCUCUUCAUUACAAAGGUGAAGAAGUUUGGUGGAUCUUCCCCGUUCACCAAAAGGACCCAGUGGACGGUGGAGAAGCUCAGACAGGUCAAUGGCAUCAACCCCAACAAGGACAGCGCAGAGUUCGACCUAGUGUUUGACAAUGCUGUGGACCAGUGGGUGGCGAGCUCAUCGGCGGAGAAGUGUAUCUUUGUCCAGAUCCUGUACCACGCCUGCCAGACCUACUGGGAGGGGAAAGCAGGGAGUUUGGGUAAGGUGGGCCGCCAGAGAAGAGCGAAUCAGGGCGCUCCCCGAGAGGUUGGAGCUGGUCCCAGUGACUCCUCACCAGGCUCUGCAUUCAGAACCCUGCAAUCCAGACGGAAAAGCUACAUUCCUCCCAGACAGACAGAGUUCAUCAACUGCCAAUCCAAACUCACAGGAGACGCCUGCACCAUGAAUCUGGUCAUCUACCGCUGCAAAGCCUUCUUGAAUCGCAUGAAGAAUAGGAUGGUUACAAACCAUCGAUCACCUUCUUGGGGUCAGCCAGGGCAGUGUAUCACAGGGAGUACUCUGGGUAAUGCAGUCCAGAGGGUAAAUGUUGUUCUGGGGGAGCGGGGAGACAAACUGACUCGUGCUGAGGACAAGACGGUGGAUCUGAUGCACAAAGCUAAGCAGUUUGCAGACACUGCUCACAAGCUGGCCCUGAAGCAUUCAAAGUAAAGUCUGUUGGAGUCUCCAGGGUGUGAAAGAUGAAUCCUGUAGCAUGAACACUAACACUGUGAAGCAGUAUUGGUCCGGCAGAUACAGCUAACUCGUCAUGAUGAUAUAUAACAGAGUGCAGCAGAGGGAACUUAAUACUGUGUCCUUGUGAUUUUAAUCUUUGCUCUUCCUGUUGGAGACACACCUUUCCCACGAUCAGAGGAUCCUCUGCACUGUGUUCAGUUUUAAAUGUUUUGCCUGUUGAAAAAAAGAAAGCUGGACAUGUAUUUAUUGUUUUUCUUUGAAUAACAUUUAUUUAAAAUCCCCUGCACACCUUUCUUGACAGUCAUUGCAUUUUCUUUAAGCCACCACUAAUGACAUUGUUUGUAAAGAUCUGCAUUACAUAAGAUAUGUUGUACUGCUCAUGUUGAAUGGUAUUUUCUUUGGUAAUGUUUCGGCAUAUGGUUUGGACUUCAUUGGAUUAAAUUGCACUAAAUGUUUGAUUGGACGUUACUCACCACUUAUUGCCAUCCUUCUGCGUUCCUACUAUGUGUGUGCUGUAUAAAGUGCAGUGACAUGUUGACACAAUUGUCCUAUGUACAUAUUGAUGUGUCCUGAACACUCAUCAAACUGUCACUUUAUAUUUGGUCUGCUGUACUGUGUCUUCUGGUCUGUGUAUGUCAUGUUUUUACCAGUCGCAGUAACGCUGAUGUUGUUCUCACCUUGUGAGUCUGUGUGUGUGUCAUUGUGGCAAAAUGUGCUCCUGGAGACAUCUACUGUAGAGGGAACUGUCACAGAAGCAGUUUUGAGUACUUUGCCAGAUGUUUAUAUUUCUGUCUGUCUAACUGUCUGUCUAACUGUCUGUCUAACUGUCUUUCUAACUGUCUGUCUAACUGUCUGUCUAACUGUCUGUUUAACUGUCUGUCUAACUGUCUGUCUAACUGUCUGUGGACAGAUUGUGUCACAGCGAUUUUGUCACUGCGAUAGCGAGUGACAGAACAGUGCAAGAUGCAGUCAUGAAACUUUACAGUGUGUAGUUGAGACCAAAAUGAAGGUUGGGAUCAAAGAUGGGUGUAGUCAAAGCAAAGGGGACGGAGGGGCCAUUGCUCCCCCAAUGUACACCCCCACUUUUUCGCCCCUGGCCCAAUUUGUAGUCACAAAAUAACCAAAAAAACAAAAAGGAAGCUGACUUUGAAGAUGGGAGUGGUCCGAGCAAGGGUGCCGGAAGUAGGGGGUAAGUAGUGGGGAAGGGGCCUCUAGUUUUAUGUUUUGAAAGUUGAGAGAAGGUGGAUCAGGUGGUUCAGGCAUGUUGGAGUAUUUUGCAGUAAGAGGAGAUCCAUGGUGAGCAAUGAAGCUGUGUAGAAGAUUCAGGGUGACAGAAGGUUGAAAUGUUGACUUUAGUUGAAACCCUUCAUGUUUGCAUCACUUCUUUAAGUAAUUUGGUGUAAUGCAGAUUCAAACAAUGGGUGGAGUAUUUGUUAUUUUAAAAUAAUCCAAUUUGGAUUUGGAGUACUUUGAUAGGUUAAGGGAAUCAAGGGAAUUAAUUCUAACCAAGUUUUUCUUUUAUGUUUUGUUUAUGACUUCAGUUUAAUGCGUGUGAUGUAAAUGUCUCUGAUGUAUUAACUUAAUGACAAUGUUCCCACUCUUCUCUUUGAACCAAUUAAAUAAGUCUGGACCCGAA